AUGCAGUUUCACUCAAAGCCGGAUCACAUACAACGCACUCUUUGCACAAAAGCCAUAAUGCUGCCUCUAGCGGUGUUUGCCCUGUGCCUGGCAGCUGGCCUGUCUGCCCCCAGUAUGGACCCACAGUUGGACGAGCACUGGGACCUGUGGAAAAGCUGGCACACUAGGACCUACCACACGAAAGAGGAGGGCUGGAGGAGGAUGAUUUGGGAGAAAAACUUGAAGAAGAUUGAAAUGCACAACCUGGAGCAUUCGAUGGGCAAACACACUUACCGUCUGGGCAUGAACCACUUUGGCGACAUGACUCACGAGGAGUUCAGGCAGGUCGUGAAUGGCUACAAGCAGAAGGCACAAAGGAAAUUCACCGGCUCUUUUUACUUGGAGCCAAACUUCUUCCAGGCCCCACGAUCUGUUGACUGGAGGGAGAAGGGCUACGUCACACCAGUGAAAGACCAGGGCCAGUGCGGCUCCUGCUGGGCCUUCAGUACGACCGGCGCUCUGGAGGGACAGCACUUCAGGAAGACUGGGACUCUGGUGUCUCUGAGCGAACAGAACCUGGUCGACUGCUCCAGACCCGAGGGCAACGAGGGCUGCAACGGAGGCCUCAUGGAUCAGGCCUUCCAGUACGUCAAAGACAACCAGGGCCUGGACUCCGAGGACUCCUACCCCUAUUUGGGAACCGAUGACCAGCCCUGCCACUACGACCCCAAGUUCAACUCUGCCAACGACACCGGCUUCGUGGACGUUCCCAGCGGCAACGAACGCGCUCUCAUGAAGGCCGUGGCCGCCGUGGGACCAGUCUCUGUCGCUAUUGAUGCUGGACACGAGUCUUUCCAGUUCUACCAGUCAGGAAUUUACUUUGAGAAGGACUGCAGCAGUGACGAGCUGGACCAUGGCGUGCUCGUGGUUGGGUAUGGCUUCCAGGGAGAGGACGUCGAUGGCAAGAAAUACUGGAUUGUGAAAAACAGCUGGAGCGAGAAGUGGGGAGACAAAGGUUACAUUUUCAUGGCUAAAGACAAACACAACCACUGCGGGAUCGCCACCGCCGCCAGUUACCCGCUCGUCUAA